AUGGCGAUAGACUCGAGUGGACGGGGGUUUACGCUAACUUUAUUCGUCUUUUCUUGCGUUUUUGCGGGCAGGCAGGCCGAGGAGGCGGCGGCGGAGUCGAGACUCGCCCCCCGGAUACUCGGCAUGAGGCUGGAGAGGAGCGACACGCCGGCCGGGACCACCGAGAAAGGGGUUAUUCAGGUGACCGAGGGCAGCGACAUCCUCUUCAGGUUCUACGGGCUCCACUUGCGCCCAAACAGCUCGAAGCUCAUCCAGUUUAUGGAACUUUACUCCAGCGAGAAAGAGGAUGAUACUUUCGGCGCGGUUACGACCAACUUGAGCAGGACUUGUCUCGAACGCACGAAGGAAAUAGAAGUAAGGGGGUCCAUGGAGGUGACCAACCAAAACACCUCCGGGGUGGUCAGCCUCCGGAUCAAGGAGCUCCGCAAGAGAGAGGCGGUGAAGGUGUUCGGCUUGUGCGUCCUUGACAUCCACGCGAAGGAGGAGACGUGGUACCUGCUGGACGAUAAGGACGGCAGAGUGCGCGUGGUGGAGGUGGCGAAGUCUCUGCUUCCCAUCUGGCUGCAGGUGAUCCUCAUCGCCUUCCUGCUGGUGCUGUCCGGCAUGUUCAGCGGGCUCAACCUGGGGCUGAUGGCGCUGGACCCCAUGGAGCUCCGCAUAGUGCAGAGCUGCGGCACCGAGAAGGAGAAGAAAUACGCACGGAAGAUCGAGCCCAUACGCAGAAAGGGUAACUAUUUGUUGUGCUCGCUGCUGCUCGGAAACGUCCUGGUGAACACCACGCUCACCAUCCUCCUGGACGACCUCACCAAAUCCGGGGUGGGCGCUGUGGUCGCCUCCACAGUCGGGAUCGUGAUUUUUGGCGAGAUUGUGCCGCAGGCGUUGUGCUCCCGGCACGGGCUGGCAGUCGGGGCGAACACCAUCCUUGUCACCAAGUUGUUCAUGCUGCUAACUUUCCCGCUGUCGUGGCCCAUCAGCAAGAUCCUGGACUGCGUCCUGGGUCAGGAGAUCGGCACCGUGUACAACCGGGAGAAGCUGGUGGAGAUGCUGAAAGUCACCGAGCCGUACAACGACCUGGUGAAAGAGGAGCUCAACAUGAUCCAGGGCGCGCUGGAGCUCAGGACCAAAACAGUGGAGGAUGUCAUGACGCCCAUCAGCAACUGUUUCAUGAUCCACAGCGACGCCGUGCUGGACUUUAACACCAUGUCCGAGAUCAUGGAGAGCGGGUACACGAGGAUACCUGUGUACGAGCAAGAGAGGUCCAACAUCGUGGACAUCCUGUUUGUUAAGGAUCUGGCCUUUGUGGACCCGGACGACUGCACCACCCUCAAGACCAUCACCAAGUUCUACAACCAUCCCGUGCACUUCGUGUUCCACGACACCAAGCUGGACUCCAUGCUGGAGGAGUUUAAGAAAGGAAAAUCCCACCUGGCCAUCGUCCAGAAGGUCAACAACGAGGGCGAGGGAGAUCCGUUCUACGAGGUGUUGGGGUUGGUCACCCUCGAAGACGUCAUCGAGGAGAUAAUUAAAUCAGAGAUUCUGGAUGAAUCGGACCUUUACAUUGAUAACCGCACCAGGAAAAAGGUGGCGCCCAACAAGAACAAGAGAGACUUCUCGGCCUUCAAACACGAGAGUGAAUCAAAAGUAAAGAUCUCCCCUCAGCUGCUGCUGGCUGCUCAUCGCUUCCUGGCUACAGAGGUGAGCCUGUUCAGCCCGUCUCAGAUCUCAGACAAGGUGCUGCUGCGAAUCCUUCGCCACCCCGACGUGAUCCAGGAGAUCAAGUUCAACGACAGUGACAAGCGCUCGCCCCAUCACUACGUCUACCAAAGGGGCAAGCCCGUCGACUACUUCGUUCUCAUCCUGCAGGGUCGAGUGGAGGUGGAGGCCGGCAACGAGAACAUGAAGUUUGAAACCGGACCUUUCUCUUUCUACGGUGUCAUGGCGCUCAGUGCUCCCACACUGGAGUUUCGUUCACCGUCCCACCUCAGCGGGUUGAACCGCACGGCCUCUCUGAGCGGAGCCGACCGGACGGAGUCGCUCUCCGUCAGCGGCAGCAACAGCCAGCUCAACAACAGCAUCCCCUCGCAGCAGUACACGCCCGACUUCUACGUCCGAGCUCUCAGCGACCUGCAGUUUGUCAAGAUCACACGCGCCCAGUACCAGAACGGCUUGAUGGCGUCCCGUCUGGACAGCACGCCCCAGUCCCCAGAGAGCGGCCACAACACGAUACGCCUGGAUCAGACCACUCCUCCCGCCAACACCGCUAACACCACCAUCACGGACCUGGGAGCAGACUCCACCCCGACGGAGAACGGACCUGACGAGACGACGCUUCUCCUCCUCAACGAGCAGAACUCACCGCACACAGCCAACCACCACAGCCAGCUGGAAAACAGCGUUUGACCCCUCGCCCCCACCUGCCCGACCCCCCUCCAUACUCUUUGCACGCAUGCACUACUACGCUCGAAUGUAUGCUGAGGAGGGGAGGAGUGUGUGUGUGUGUGUGUGUGUGUGUGUGUGUGUGUGUGUGUGUGUGUGGUGUGUGUGAGUGCAGACACACUGACAUAAACAGACAAGCCAUGUGCGUGCAUAUUGUGUAAAUAUGCAAAGCUUAAACACACACGCACACAUUUCCAUCAUAAACACUCAUGUAAGGUAGUUGAGCGACGUAAAGGAGUAUCUGUAUGUGUGUGUUUGUGUGUGUUUGUGUGUUUGCACAUGCUCCUUAAUGUAUUAACUCACGACAAACAUCUGCAGGACCUGCUUGUCCGGACCAGAAAGCUCCUCCCUCUCUCGCCCAUCAAUGUUUUUCAGAGGCCUCGCCGAUUUGCGGGCUUCGUCCUCUGUGUGUGUGUGUGUGUGUGUGUGUGUGUGUGUGUGUGUGUUUUUAAAUGUGUGUGUGGCUUCCGAUUCACUGUCCCUAAUCAGAGACUCAGGGAGACUCCGCCCUCCUCCUCCCCCUCCUCCUGCUCUUUGCCGACGACAUACAUACAUACAUGCAAGUGUGGUCCAACCCGCAAAACGAAACCCGCCGCCGCAUGUGUAGCACCCUGCGUCCCCUCCUCACCAUCCAUACAGCUAGAAGACAAAGACGACCCGAGCAUGUCAGCAGAGUUCAAACAAAGUAAUAUAUGUUCCGUAGAAAUUUAUAGUGAGAUAUUUAUUGAUGAAUUCUGUGUGAGACGGA